CGAUCAUUAAUGCAUAUAAUUGUAGAGCAUUUGUUCGAUGAUACAGGAAAAAGAAAAAUCAGCAUGGUGCAGUUCAUAUUAUUAAGAUUUGAGGACGACAAUGCAUUUCCUGAUCAUUCAUCUUUUCUUAAACUUUCUGACGUCGUCACUCUCUGAUUCUAUUAUUGUCAGUAUUUAUUUUGGCCAAUCCUUUCCUAUAUGAAAAGGAUAGAGCUGCUUACAAAUCUGUUCGGUGCAUGUAACAAUGGAAGAUCAAUUGCUCAGUUGCAUUCUCAAAUCUUCAAAGCUGGGCUUGCCCAUGACAGUUUCUUCGCCACUAAUUUGAACACCCUCUACGCUAAAUACGCGUCUCUUGAUCUCGCACGCAGGGUGUUCGACGAAACGCCUCACCGAAGUGUUUAUCUGUGGAAUGCUGUACUGAAGAGUUAUUGCAGAGAGAAACAAUGGGAAGAAACUCUGCGCCUUUUCCGCCAUAUGGGGAUUGAGGAAAGACCUGACAAUUUCACAUUACCCAUUGCAAUAAAGGCAUGUGCGGGGUUACGGGCGCUAGAACAUGGCAGAGUGAUCCAUGGGCUUGUCAAGAAGAAUGGUACAAUUAGUUCGGACAUGUUUUUGGGUUCUGCGUUGAUUGAGUUGUACUCAAAAUGUGGGCAAAUGGGUGAAGCUUUAAAAGUUUUUGAGGGAUUUGGUCAACCAGACAUUGUUCUGUGGACUUCAAUGGUUACUGGGUAUGAACAGAACGACAAUCCCAAAGAAGCACUGGCAUUUUUCUCGCAAAUGGGGAUGGCUGAGCAAGCUGGUCCGGACAUGGUGACUCUAGUUAGUAUUGUUUCUGCCUGCACUCAGUUGUUGAGUCUUAAGUUGGGAAGCUGCGUUCAUGGUUUUGUGUUUCGGAAGGGUUUUGAUACUAAUGUAUCUUUGUCCAAUUCAUUGUUGAAUUUAUAUUCGAAGACGGGAUGUGUGAAAUUUGCAGUUAAUUUGUUUGGGAUGAUGCAGGAAAAAGAUGUGAUCUCAUGGAGCUCUAUGAUUGCUUGUUAUGCUCAGAAUGAUGCUGCUGUUGAAGCAUUAAAUCUUUUCAAUGAAAUGAUUGAUAAGAAAUUUGAACCCAAUUCCAUUACCAUUGUUGGUGCAUUACAAGCAUGUGCAGUUUCUUGUAAUUUGGAAGAGGGGAAAAAGAUCCAUGAGCUUGCUGCUCGGGAAGGACUUGAGUUUGAUUUCUCGGUCUCUACAUCCUUGAUUGAUAUGUACAUGAAGUGUUUGUCCCCUGAAAAAGCAGUUGGCCAUUUCCAAAGAAUGCCGAAGAAGGACGCCGUUUCUUGGGCUGUUGUGUUAAGUGGGUAUGCUCAAAAUGGAAUGGCAUAUGAGUCAAUUAGUGUUUUCCGCAAUAUGCUGUCUAAUGAAAUUCAACCUGAUGCUGUUGCAAUGGUGAAGAUUCUCUCAGCUUGCUCAGAAGUUGGUGCACUUUCGCAAGCUUUUUGCCUUCAUGGUUUUGUCAUUAUUAGUGGCUUCAAUGAUAAUAUUUUUGUUGGGUCUUCACUCAUUGAAUUGUACUCUAAAUGUGGUAGCUUAGAUAAUGCUAUCAAGCUAUUUAAUGGAAUUGUUGAAAGAGAUGUUGUCGUGUGGAGUUCAAUGAUUGCAGCUUAUGGAAUUCAUGGGAAUGGAAAAGAAGCUCUAAAAACAUUCAAUCAGAUGAUUAGUGAUUUGGUAGUUAUGCCUAAUGGUAUUACAUUUCUUUCAAUUUUGUCUGCUUGUAGCCAUGCAGGUCUGGUUAGAGAAGGGAUUGAGAUGUUUAAUAUGAUGGUGCAUGACUACAAAUUGAAGCCUAAUUCAGAACAUUAUGGAAUAAUGGUUGAUCUUCUUGGCCGCACUGGAGAGUUAGACAAUGCUAUGGACAUUAUCACCCAAAUGCCAGUUCCAGCUGGGCCUCAUGUUUGGGGAGCCUUGCUUGGUGCAUGUAAAGUCCAUCAGAAUAUUCAGACUGCUGAGAUUGCAGCAAAAAACCUGUUCAAGAUCGAUCCUAAACAUGCAGGCUAUUACAUUCUGUUAUCAAAUAUAUAUGCUGGAGAUGGGGAAUGGAAAAGCAUGUCAAAACUUAGAACUCUAAUAAAGUCAAAUGGUUUGAGGAAGAUGCUUGGGCAGAGUGUGGUUGAAAUUAGUGGCAAGGUCCAUAGCUUCUUAGCUGGUGAUAGACUUCACCCAGAAUAUCAACAAACUUCUGGGGGAGCACAAGCCCUUUCGCCGACGGCAUCACCGCAAGGGCGUAGCCGCAAGCAUCCGCCAGUUCAACGAACGCAUCGGCCGCCUUGGACACCCACAAUUUUGGCCCGCCAACCAGAACAGGUUCUCGCUGUAGGCUCCGGCGAUCGCGUUGAGAACGCUGAGACCGCCGACAGUGAAAAUGACGACGUAGACUCCGACUCCGCAGCAGCGGGCGUAGCCGUCAGUGGCGUACCCAGCAUUGAGCUCAUUGCAGCAGCCGACGAGGUUGAGGCCGGGCUCGGCGAUGAGGUGGUCGAAGAGGGUGAGGUUGAAGUCGCCGGGGACGAAGAAGACGUCGUUGACACCGAUUUUGAUGAGGUGGCGGCCGAGGGUGGCCUCGGAGGACGCAACGACGGAGGGUGCUACGGAGCUGUGCAUUGCGGUGGCGGAGCCGUUCGGUGGGUUGCCUACGUCGCCAUUGGUGGGAUUGCAGGCGUCCAGCGCACAGAUCUUCGAGUCCAUGGCCGACGAAAUUUACCUUUCCUAAAUUUUCCUCCAUUCCACUUAUCCGUUGCAAACAAUAACCGUUUUUUAAAGGUCUACCCUUCUUCUUCUUCUUCUAGAGCACUGGAAUUCAUUCACAAGAAGUCUAUUGAUCAGAUUGCCCACAUAAUUGCUUCUGCUUUGCGAGGAUGCUACAGCCUCAGCUAUCUCAAGAAAGCCCACGUAAAGGUAUUUGCUUAUGGGCUCCAAAACGACACACACUUGUCAACCAAAUCUGCCAUUCUGUACAUUUCUUUCAACUGCAUCAGCGCUGCGAGUGCUGUGUUUGAAAACAUACCCAACCCAUGUAGUUACCUUUGGAAUAUCAUGAUAAGGGCAUUUGCUACCGGUGGCCAGUUCCACCAGUCCUUGAUUCUGUAUUCCAAAAUGAUGGAAACAGGUCUAGUACCAGACAAGUUUGCUUUCCCAUUUGCACUCAAAUCUUGUGCAGGGCUAUCCGAUUUGCGGGCAGGAAAAUUGAUUCACCAGCAUUCUUUGUGUUGUGGUUGCAGCAAUGAUCUCUAUGUCGAUGCUGCUUUGGUCGAUAUGUAUGCUAAAUGUGGGGAUGUUGAAGCUGCCCGGUUAGUAUUUGAUAAAAUGACUCAGAGAGAUUUGGUUUCUUGGACUUCCAUGAUUUCAGGGUAUGCCCACAAUGGUUAUAAUGGUGAGACAUUGGGUUUCUUUGAUUUGAUGUGCGAUUUGGGUGUAAAGCCCAAUCGGGUAUGUUUUCUAAGUGUUCUACUAGUUUGUGGCAAUCUAGGAGCUCUAUGGAAAGGCAAAAGGUUUCAUAAUUAUGUGAUCAAAACUGGGUUUGAGUCUGAUAUCUUGGUUGCUACUGCUAUAAUGGAUAUGUAUGCAAAGUGUGGGAGUUUGGAUUUGGCACGUAAUUUGUUUGAUGAGACAAUGGGGAAAGAUGUUGUUUGUUGGAGUGCAAUGAUUGCAAGCUAUGGAAUUCAUGGGCAUGGCAAGAAGGCGAUUGACCUUUUCAAUCAAAUGGUAAAAGAAGGGGUGAGGCCAAAUCAUGUGACAUUCACUUGUGUGCUCUCUGCUUGCAGCCAUUCCGGGCUAAUAGAAAAAGGCAAGAGGUACUUCAAAUUGAUGAAGGAAGAAUUUGGGAUCACACCCGGACUAAAUAAUUAUGCAUGUAUGGUUGAUCUUCUUGGGCGUGCAGGACAACUUUAUGAUGCAGAAAAUCUCAUACUGAGCAUGCCAGUGAAACCUGACACUAGCAUAUGGGGAUCAUUGCUUGGUUCCUGCCGAAUAUAUGGUAAUCUGGAUUUGGCGGAGAAAAUUGCUGAUCGUAUUUUUCAGCUAGACCCUGUAAAUGCUGGCUAUCAUGUUCUACUCUCCAACAUUUAUGCUGCUAAAUAUAGAUGGGAUGAUGUUGAGAAGGUGAGAAAGAUGAUGGCUGGAAGAGGAGCCAAUAAAAUUCAGGGAUUUAGUUUGAUAGUGUAUAACAACCAGAUCCAUAAGUUUGGAGUUGGUGACAGAUCACAUCCCCAAUCCAAGAGCAUUUAUUCUUUGCUUCAUGAGUUGGCUGCUCCCAUGAAACGCUUGGGUUAUACCCCCUUGACAGAUUUUGUGCUUCAUGAUAUUGAGGAUGAAGCAAAAGAAGCUGCACUUUCCUACCACAGUGAGAGGCUGGCCAUUGCAUUUGGCAUCCUAAACACUAAGCCCGGGACUGCUCUUCGCAUCACAAAGAAUCUUAGGAUUUGUGGAGAUUGUCACAAUGCCAUUAAGCUCAUCAGCAAAAUUGUAAAUCGGGUCAUCAUUGUGAGGGACAUGCAUCGAUUUCACCAUUUUGAGGACGGAGUUUGUUCAUGUGGGGAUUACUGGUAGUAAAAAAUACAUCCGGCAGGGACGUUCUAGAUAGGGACAAUUAUGCUGGUAGUUCUGUUUUCUUACUAAAAUCCUGGUUUUUAAUGAUAGGAAAACCAUGCCCAUGAGCGGAAAAACCCCAGGACAAUGGGUCUGCCGCUCUACCUUCCUCCAGUUGGGAGUUCGAGCAUUGCAUCACCGUAGGUUUACUUCCUUGAGGUUUUUCCAGCCGAGCUAUCUACAGCAGGGCAUUUUCUUUCCAACUAUGUUUGAGUAUUCUUUGGCAGUUGGCCUGCACAUUUUGAGAGUGGAAUAAAGGCACAAGGAGAUUGUUUUAUUGGGUACAAUUGAUUGUGAGUUGUGACUGGGGCUGUAUUCAAGCAAAGGUCAGUCAACAUAGUGAGAUAUUACUCCUCUAAGAAAUGUGGAGUUCCUAACUUGACCUGGGCUCAAUCAGUAUCAAAAGUUUUGAACUCAAGCUUGGCUAGCUUGUAAAUUCUCAGAACUCAAGCUCAAGUUAAUUAAGUUUGAUAUGGUUAUAAAAAUA